GCAGACAUUACAGGGGAAACAAAAACAGCUCGAAAAAUGGGCUAAAGUGCCUUAAAACUGAUUUACUUUACAUCUAUCAAAAGACAGUUGACAUAAGUGGUCGACAAAGCUUGAAGAACCAAGAUUAGUUCUACUAAAAAUGUCACAAAAUUAUGAGUAAUCGACCCUACAUGUCGUAUUAUAAAAUGGGGUUUAAUUAAUUAUGUCGUAUGGGUGAGCACUGAACACUAUUUUGAUAAUCAUUCAAGGGAAGAGCGUGUCGUUUGAGCAGUAGAAAAAUUGAAAUUAAAGUAGUUAUCAAAUCAACAACAGCUUUGGUGUUUGGGUUAACAAAGUCACACCUUUUUAUUCCACGCGUGAGAUCUACUUCUCAUGCUUUCUUUAGUCUCUCUUUUCAAAAUCCAAAGGCUCCUCUGUUUUAGCUCAUCAUGACUCUCACUCUCUCUAUAUAUCUAUCUAUACAAGGUCUUCAAUAAUCCCUUGACAUAAUGUUAUAGUGCUAAUAAACAGCUAAUAAAACCUUCUUCUCUGGGAAAAAAAUUAACAAUGUCUGCAAUGGUGGAAGUAAGAGUUCCAAACUUGGACUGUGAAGGCUGUGCUUCAAAGCUUAAGAAAGCUCUUUUAAAGGUCAAAGGUGCGGAAGAGGUGGAAGUGGAAAUGGAGACACAAAAAAUAACAGUGAGAGGUUAUGGUUUGGAAGAGAAAAAAGUACUUAAGGCCAUAAAACGAACUGGAAAAGCAGCAGAGCCAUGGCCAUUUCCAGGAUACUCUCAUUUCUCAUCGUUUUACAAAUAUCCAACUCACAUUGUCAACCAUUACUAUCAUGAUGCUUACAAAAAUGGCACCACCAAUGGUGUCCACACUUUUUUCCAUACUCCAUCUGUUUAUUCCGUAGCUGUAGCCUCCGACGAGGCUAUUGCUUCACUCUUUAGUGAUGAUAAUCCUCAUGCUUGUACAAUUAUGUGAUACUUUUUGUGUUUUAAUCUAAGUUUCUAUUGUAUUCAAUUAUACCCCGGUUGAUUUUACAAUUAUCUCUUAAUAAUUUUUAAUUAAUGAUUUUUACCACUAGAUUUAGAUGUUUAAAUAUCUUAUUCAAUGAGUGUUAGAAUUUUGAGAUUCA